GUGAGAGAGAGAAGUGGGACAAGAAGAGGAGAAAGAGAGGGAGGGUUUGAACCGUUUUUUUAGGAGAUCUGUGAUCUUCUUGGCAGACCUGAAGGCUAGCUGUGUGAAGGGGGAAGGAGUGGAGGAGAGGAGGGCGGCAGGCUGACCACACUGGUCUACCUCUUCCUGAAAGCAACUCCGCUCAGAGAGACAGGAAGUAGAGACACAGAAAGAGGGGAGGGGGAAAGAAAGAGUCACAGAGAGAGAGAAUACUUUUCCUGUCACCAAACUUUUUGAAAACUGCGGGACUAGAGUGUGAAAAAUAAAGAUAGAGAGAAACACAGUGUGAAAUAGAAAAAGGAGAUUGAGAACAAAUCCAAGGACAUGGAGGAGUUCUCAGGCUACCAUCAUGGAUUGUUCCAGUGGAGUUGUGUGUGACUGACAGAGGGGGUUGCUUUGAAGACGGACAUUAGGAAAGAGUUUGAGUCCGAACGACAGAAUGAUAAAAACAGCUGUUCUCUCUCAGGAGACCGCAUCUACUGGGGUGAAUGCUGAGCCAUGCUCCCCACCUAGACCCCCCCUCACCCCUGCCUUAUCUUCAGGAUCAACAGUACUAUUCCCCCCUCCCAGACCUGCCCUCUCCUCAGGACCACCCCUGAUGGCUCCUCCGACUCUCCCCUCCAAACCCUCCCCAGCCCCUGACCCAACUCCCCAUGACCCAACUGACCCAACUCCACCUGUCUACCUGGACUCCUCCCCCCUCCUCCCUUCACCCCUCAUACCCUCCUCACCCUCCUCACCCACACCGCCCCUCCAUUCAGCUUCUGAACCACUCCCUUCUCAAAUUGACUUGGCCGUUGAUGCCACUGACGCAACUGAUGUCCCCAAUGCCGCUGUCCCUAAGGAAUGCACUCCCCCCUUAUCCCUAGUCCUUGAUGUCCCGGCUAUCUCUACUUCCACCCUUGUCACAUCACUACCCCCUCAAGUCUUAGAGACCUCCACUCCCCCACUCCCCACACCCCUGGUACCUGAUGUCCCAGAGAGAUCUACUCCUCCCCUCCCCACACCAGUACCCCCUCCAGUCUUAGAGACCUCAACUCCCCCACUCCCAACACCCCUGGUACCUGAUGUCCCAGAGAGAUCUACUCCUCCCCUCCCCACACCAGUACACCCUCAAGUCUCAGAGCCCUCUACACCCCACCUUCCUGACAUCCUGGAUGUCUCUGCUCCUCCCCUCCCCUUACAUAUGUCCUCUUCAGUCCCAGAGCUCCCAGUCUCCUCUUCAGAACUAACCCUACCAGCACCUUCAUCUCAGCCGUUCCCAAAGCCCUCAUCUAUGCUCAUCUCUGCUCCCACUGUAACUUCCAUCUCAAAACCCUCCUCACUUCCUAUCUCUUCUCCCCACGUACCUCCUAUAGCAAAACCCCCAAUGUCCACUCCCCCCAUUCAUCCUCUCUCAAAACCCUCCGUACCUCCGUCUCCCCGUGUUCCUCCUUUCUCAAAGAUCUCCUCACCCCCUCUUCCUAGACCCCCAGCACCUCGAAAACUCUCUGGUCCACCCCAGCCGAGACCCCCCAUACCUCACCCUCACUCGAAAGCCAAACCCUCCUCUCCAGCUCUCCCCAGACCCCCACUUCCAUCCAUGAAGUCCUCCUCUUCCCCUCUACCCUCCCCACUAGUCCCUCUAGCUCCCAUGCCCGCCCCAGCUUCGGCCUCAUCGACAGCCCCAUCUCCAACCCAAGCCACAGCCCCACGACCUAGCAUCAGUAUCCUGGAGAAACUGAUCAAAACUUGCCCGGUGUGGUUGCAGCUGGGUAUGGCCCAGGAGAGGACCACACUCAUGCUGAAGAAAGAAAUCCCUGGGAUAUUUUUAGUGCGUAAAAGCCACGACCAGAAAUCCAUGGUGCUGUCAGUAUGUGUAUCUGACAAGCAGGAGGAGCUUCAGGUCCAGGACAUUCUGAUUAAGGAGGAGAAGUCACUGAUGUACCUGGAAGGGUCUGUUCUGGUCUUUGACAACAUCUUCAAACUCAUGGCCUUCUACUGUGUCAGCCGGGAUAUUCUACCCUUCACCCUGAGGUUGCCUCAGGUCAUCGUCCAGGCAACCAAGUACGAAGAUAUAGAGAUGAUAUCGACAUUAGGCUCAGAUUUCUGGGGUUCUCAGCUUCACAGCUCCUCAGAAAUGGUAAAACGUGAUGACCAGGGUCAGGGCCACAACAGUUCGUCCUGUGAGAUCCAGCUGUCCACCAGGAAUAGUAAUGACCGUCUGUGGUACAUCAACCCCAUCUUCAUCGAGGAGUACUGCAGCAGCCUGGAGGCCUCCACCCUCGUCCCAGCUCCCAUCCACAGGAGCCAGAGUCUGAACACCCCAGGCCCGGGGCAGGUGCAGGUACCCCCCAAGUUCAAACGCCCUCCACCCAGGCCCCCAAAUGUCCCAGAGGGCUUGAUUCUGUCACAGUUGGCUAAGCAGGGUGCCAGAGGGGAAAGUGUCUCCCCCAGGUCUCCACCCCCACCGCGAACAGUAAUAGCCAAGGCAGCAGGUCAGAAAGCGGAAGGAGACAGCAGCAAAGACACUGAGGAGGGAGAGGGAGCUGCUUCUCAACUCAUCUCAGAGAAAGAGGUGUCAGUUACUGUUACUGACUCAGUAGCAGCUACUCAGCCUCUACAGCCACUGUCACCGCACGGAGCAACAGCAGGACAGAAACACCCAGCACCCCGACCACCCCCACACAGGAUACCACUUGUACCCCUUCGGCGGAAACCCUCAGAGAACCGUCCCUCAAUCCCAGGACAGGAGGGCGGUGUUGGUCCAGUGCCUGUUGCUUCACUGGUCUGCAUCGAUGACACCACUAACAUGGCAGAGGAGAAGAUAGGAGUGGAAUCCCAUGCCGGUGAGACAGAGACACUGCAGAACAAAGGGACAUCAGGGGCUUCAAACAUUAGUGAGGUUGUUACCGUGGCUAUAGCCCCGCGGACGAAGAGGGCCUCACAUCCAGUCCCGCCUCCCAGGAAGAAGAAACCCUCUCAGUUAACGCCCCCCAGACCUCUCUCCCGAAACGUGAUAAGCGGAGGACUUCUGUCAAUCAAUUCAUCAUCGGAUACCCCCCAGAACUCCAGCACCCCCUCGCCUGCCUCGAGGCCCACCUCCAUCCCCGUGGGUGAGGCCAGGGGGACAGAUGUGUCCUUGUACUCCCCUGAUGGGGAGGCUGUCUUCCCUGCCCUGGAACAUGACUCCUACUCUACCAGCAGUACAGAGGAGGAGGCUGACACUGUGGCCAGCGGGGCUGUAGGGACCGGUGGGACCAACAACACCAAGGUGUCGAUGAAGAGGACCCCUACCAUCAUGCUGGACCGAGCCAAGCACCGCCUCUCCAGCGUGUUCACUAACUUCAUGAACACCGACCACAAGCUCCAGAAGAGAAUCCUAGAGCUGUCUAGGGAUGGGAGCUCCUACUUUGGCACCCUGGUGAAGGACUACAGGGUGUAUAUCCUGGAGACCAUGGGGAAGCACAGCUCCAGCACUGAGCUGCUGCAGGAGAUCAGGCAGAUGAUGACCCAGCUGAAGAGUUACCUCAUCCAGAGCACUGAGCUACAGAAUCUACUGGAGCCCAACAUCUACACAGAGGACAAAUUGGAGGUGAUUAUUGAGGCUGCCCUGUGUAAGGCUAUGCUGAAGCCUCUGAGGGAGGCUGUGUAUUCAGGCCUGAAAGACAUCCACGCCAGGGACGGCUGCCUGAAGAGACUGAGGGAGAACCAGAGUGUCGUCCUGGGUACCACAACCACAGAACUGGGGAUCACCACCAGCGUCCCAGAGACCCCUGUCAUGGAGAAGAUCCAGCUGAAGUUGAUGACCCUCCACCAGGAAUACUCCCCUCAGAAGAAGAUUGAUCUGCUCCUUAAGACCUGCAAGAUCAUCUAUGAAUCCAUGUCUAUAGGCUGUCCAUCAGGGAGAGCCCAUGGUGCAGAUGAUUUCCUCCCGGUGCUGAUGUACGUCCUGGCCAGGAGCAACAUGGCCUUCCUGCUACUGGAUGUAGAGUAUAUGAUGGAGCUGAUGGACCCUGCACUGCAGCUAGGAGAGGGCUCCUACUACCUGACGACUACGUAUGGAGUGUUGGAGCACAUAAAGAACUAUGAGAAGCAGGUGGUGACACGGCAACUCAGUCUGGAGAUCCAGAACUCUAUCCACCGCUGGGAGAAGAGACGCACCCUGAACAAAGCCAGCGUGUCACGUUCAUGUGUUCAGGACUUCAUCAACGUGUCAUUCCUGGAGGCGGGAUGCAACACUAAGACCCUGAGGGUCCGCCCCAACACCACAGCCCAGGACCUGUGUGCCCAGUGUGCUGACAAGUUUGAGGUGGCAGAGCCAGAGUCCUACAGCCUGAGUGUGCUGGUGGAGGGCCACCACCAACUCCUGGCCCCUGAGGAGUUCCCCCUCCCCAUCAAGUCCAGUCUCCACCACAGUCAGCCCCUCAAGGAGUACUGCUUUGUCUACCGGCCUGGAAGGACAGAGUCAGAAGGACAGGAGGCAGAAUCCCAGGAGGCAGAAUCCCAGGAGGCAGAAGGACAGGAGGCAGAAGGACAGGAGGCAGAAGGACAGGAGGCAGAAGGACAGAAGGUGGAGAGCAAGGAGCCAGCUCCUGCAGCCGAGCCAGAGCCUGAGAAGGAGGAGAGUCUGAUCGAGAUAUGAUGAGAUCAGUGUGCGGGUGCGUGGGUGUGUGCGUGCGUACAUGCAUGUGUGGGACAAAGGAUCAAGGAGCUGCUCAAGUGAAUACAAUGGCUUCUGCCUCAAUCAUUAUAGCCAUUUUAAAUGAGAUAUUGGUUUUUGCCUUAUACACAACCAUAUUGACAAUGUUUAGGCCUGCCCUUGACAACGUGGAUACAUUCUGAAAGAAGAGAACCUCCAUCAUCUCCUCACCUUGAUCUUCAGGUCUAAAUAUCAAAUCACACAACAUGAGACUCAAGUUUACUUUAGCUUCCAUACAGAUGUGCUCUAUCUUAAUUUGAUCUGUUUCUCACAGCAGGACAGUAAUCCUGCAGCAACAGGAAAUGUGAAUUAUUAUGUGUAUUAUAAUGAAUGGAUAUUUUUGUAGAAAAGUGACACACUUUUCAUUAGGGAAAAUCAAGUCUAAAAUGUUUAGUGGAAAUUACAAACUUUAGAAGCCUUUGAAAAAAAUGUAAUACACUACAAGUUUGCACUUCCUGCUGCGCAGGAACAACAGAGUGAUCAAAUUAAGAGAGCACAUCUGUAUGGCUUCUAUUGUAAGUCAUAUUGCUCAGUGAAGAAGACCUACCACCGGCAACUCAUAUAGGACUGGUUCAUACUUCAGACUUUGAAUAUCAUACAGGGGAUCCACACAAGAUCACUUCAACUUUUAUAUUACUUCUAUGAGAACUAGCGCUGUGAGCCCUGCUUCCUCUUUCUGCAAAGUUGGCCAAAGCUACAGAGAUAAAGAGGAUAUCGAAAGGGCAUAAUAGGCUGUAUAAUUAAACUGUAAUGGAUCCGGAUAAGGAGUCUCUGCCUGCAUCCCAAAUGGCACAUUAUUCCCUAUGUAGUGCACUACUUUUGACCAGGGCCCAUAGUCUGGUCAAAAGUAAUGCACUAUGUAGGGAAUAGGGUGUUAUUUGGGACACAGUCCAUGUAUCCUGUGCGGACGGUGUUCAUUUUCAUAUUUAACAGAUUUGCUUCUGCCACAGUUCAGAUUGACAAUCAGCUGUUCAUUGGUUUUGUUAAUCGAAUUUAGCAUGACAAUAUCCUUGCCAAUAAUUAUGUCACUGGGUUUAUAUGCUCAAGAAAGACUCUGCGACUCUCUGUACUGUAAAUCAAUUUUUGCUGUGCUGGUUUGUAUACUCUUGUAGCUGUGCUGUGGCCACAUUACAUUGGUGUCCUGUAAGAACUUUUGAAGUCUCAUUCUAGAGGGGUUCUGCUACAAUGCCAUUCAUUUUAAGUUCAAAUCCAAGUCUACCAGGCACUGAUGGUGUACAGCAAUAUUACACUGUAAUUACAUUAUAUAGCAUUAUGGCUUUGAUACUUUUUUUCACAUUGAUGAGUUGAUUGUUUUGUUUUUAAAAGGUGAAAUGUGAAAUGGUUUAUGUGGAUGUAUUAAGAGAUGAAACCCAGUAAAGCAUUGUUUUUUUAAUCAUUUCAUAAAUUCCAAUAUUUCCCAUUUUAAAUAUUUGGGAGUAAAUAUAUUUCCUUUCUUUGUUAAAACCAUUGCCAGAACUUUAACAGAACUCUUAAAAUCAAUUCAAUCUGCCUCAGUAGAUAGAAUAAUAUCCCAGUUGCUUUAACCAGCAGAAUAUCUAUUGUCAAAAUGAAUAUAUUGCCACGGCUGAAUUUCUAUAGUUCAAUGCUUCCCAUGUCUCCCCCUUCUGGAUAUUGGGAUACAGUUCAUAGUGAGGUUAUGAAAUGUUUAGUAUAUGGCAAGUUAUGGCAAAAUUAACAAACUUGCAAAGAGGGAAAGACGUAGGAGGACCCAAGUUUCAAUUGUAUUUCCAGGCACUAGCAUUUUGCCCCAUCCUGUUUGUUUAGAAAUGAUUCUUCUGCCCCCUGGCUGAGUACAGAAAUACAUACUGCCCUGGAGGACCAAGUCUUCACUAAUAUAUCCCUAAAACCAGGGAUCCUCAACUAGAUUAAGCUGCGGACAGAUCUUUUUAUUUUUCUUGAAUGAUGGUCGGGGCCAGGAGACAUAAUUGAAAAUAAUUUGUACACUGCUAAUUGACCGCAAGAAGCCCAAACAUAUCUAAUAUUUGACUAAAACAUAAUCAUUUCAAACCUUACUUACAUUUGCAUUAGUGCUGAGCUAUUUAACCAAAAUAUCAAUUAUUUUACGGCUUUUGAACAACUAUUUGAAUUUGUUUGUUUUUUUCUUCUGUGAGCUCAAUGCACAGUUUCUCUAGAGAUAAAUCAGGUCCAGCCGGAACUCUGCGAUGUAGUAGGGAGUUGGAAGUAGGGAAUACAGGCCAGUAUUGUCACAUCUUCUCCUGCUCCUCCCUUCUGGCAUACGAUGUCGCCGACCAACGGUCCUGGGAUUCAUCAUUACGCGCACCUGUUAAUCAUUAUGACUCACACCUGGACUUCAUUACCUUCAUCAUUUCCUCCCCUUUAUAUGUCACUCUCUUAUGUUCAUUCACCAGUUGGUAUUAUUCUUGUGUACCGGUGUGUAGCUACAUGGAAUUGUCUCGUUCCUGGUUUUGUUGUUUUAUUAAACGUUUCACCUGCACCUGCUU